AUGUUUCAGCCAAAUUGUCGUCACUACUCUUGCUACAGAGAUGUAGCCUCCUCGCUGAGUUCAAGAGCCAUGGUUUUCACCGCUCCUCCUCUUCCACUUUUACUCCCCUGGAACUUCCCCUCUAGGGUUUCUUUUGGGUUUCAGCUUCAUUGCGCCUCGUCUUCCUCGGUUUCUCCAGCACGAUGUUCUAAACCUAAUCCCAGCUCUCGCCACCGCAGAUACGGCGGCGCACUCCCUUCGAUUCUGCGCUCCCUCGACUCAUCCGCCGAUAUUGAAACGACCCUCGCUUCUCUUUGUCUCAAUCUGAGUCCUAAAGAACAAACUGUUCUCCUCAAGGAGCAGACUCGCUGGGACAGAGUUCUUCGCGUGUUUCGAUUCUUCCAGUCUCACAAAGGUUAUGUCCCCAACGUGAUUCAUUACAACAUCGUGCUCAGAGCCCUGGGGAGAGCUGGGAAGUGGGAUGAAUUGAGGCUUUGUUGGAUUGAGAUGGCUCACAAUGGCGUUUUGCCGACGAACAACACCUACGGGAUGCUCGUUGACGUCUAUGGCAAAGCUGGACUUGUCAAGGAAGCUCUUCUUUGGAUUAAGCACAUGGGACAGAGGAUGCAUUUCCCAGAUGAAGUCACCAUGGCUACUGUUGUUAGGGUUUUCAAGAACUCGGGAGAGUUCGACCGCGCUGAUAGAUUCUUCAAAGGCUGGUGCGCUGGUCGAGUUGAUUUGGAUGAUCUUGAUUUGGACUCCAUCGAUGAUUCUCCGAAGAACGGCUCGGCUUCGUCUCCUGUGAACUUGAAGCAGUUCUUGUCCAUGGAGCUCUUCAAGGUCGGUGCAAGGAGCCCUAUUGAGAAAAGCCUUCAUUUUUCUUCAGAGUCUUCUCCUCGAAAGCCAAGGUUAACUUCUACUUUCAACACUCUGAUUGAUUUGUAUGGAAAAGCCGGUCGGUUAAACGACGCAGCUAAUCUCUUCUCGGAGAUGUUGAAAUCUGGAGUCCCUAUAGAUACUGUCACGUUUAACACGAUGAUUCAUACUUGUGGAACUCAUGGGCACUUGUCAGAAGCUGAAUCCUUGUUGAAGAAGAUGGAAGAGAAAGGGAUAAACCCUGACACUAAGACAUAUAACAUCCUUCUGUCUCUUCAUGCCGAUGCUGGGGACAUUGAGGCAGCUCUUAAAUACUACAGGAAAAUCAGGAGAGUGGGGCUUUUCCCUGAUACUGUGACUCAUCGAGCUGUUCUUCACAUCUUAUGCCACCGGAAAAUGAUUGGGGAUGUUGAAGCUGUGCUUGCCGAGAUGGACAGAAGUAGCAUUCGCAUUGAUGAGCACUCUGUUCCUGUUGUUAUGCAGAUGUAUGUUAACGAAGGUCUGAUUGCACAGGCGAAAUCUCUGUUUGAGAGGUUCCAGUUGGAUUGUGUGCUUUCGUCAACCACACUUGCAGCCGUAAUUGAUGUCUACGCUGAAAAGGGACUGUGGGUUGAAGCUGAGGCUGUGUUCUAUGGGAAGAGAAACAUGACGGGUCAGAGGAAUGAUGUUUUGGAGUAUAAUGUCAUGAUCAAGGCUUAUGGCAUGGCCAGACUUCAUGAGAAAGCACUUUCUCUCUUCAAAGGGAUGAAGAACCAGGGGACUUGGCCUGAUGAGUGCACUUACAACUCCCUUGUCCAGAUGCUUGCUGGGGUUGACUUAGUGGACGAAGCGCAGAGGAUCUUGGCUGAAAUGAUGGAUUCGGACUGUAAACCGGGAUGCAAGACCUUUGCUGCUUUGAUUGCUAGCUAUGUGCGGCUUGGCCUAUUGUCUGACGCAGUUGACCUGUACGAGACAAUGAAACAAACAGGGGUGAAACCGAACGAGGUUGUUUAUGGUUCCUUAAUUAAUGGAUUUGCUGAGAGUGGCAUGGUCGAAGAAGCCAUUCAGUACUUUCGAGUGAUGGAAGAACAAGGUGUUGAGUCCAAUCAUAUCGUUCUGACUUCCCUUAUCAAGGCUUAUAGCAAAGUGGGGUGUCUUGAAGAAGCCAGGAGAGUGUAUGACAAAAUGAAGGAUUCAGAAGCUGGCCCGGAUGUUGCUGCAUCAAACAGCAUGCUAAGUCUCUGUGCAGAUCUCGGCAUGGUCUCUGAAGCAGAAACCAUUUUCAACGAUCUGAGGGAGAAAGGCACGUGUGAUGUUAUUUCGUUUGCGACAAUGAUGUACUUGUACAAGGGUAUGGGCAUGCUCGACGAGGCCAUUGAAGUGGCUGAAGAGAUGAGAGAGUCUGGUCUACUAAACGACUGCACUUCGUUCAACCAGGUAAUGGCAUGCUACGCUGCUGAUGGUCAGUUGCGUGAGUGCUGCGAACUGUUUCAUGAGAUGUUGAUUGAAAGAAAGCUCUUGCUGGAUUGGGGAACGUUUAAAACGCUCUUCACACUGUUGAAGAAAGGUGGGGUUCCAAGUGAAGCUGUAGAGCAGCUACAAACCGCAUACAAUGAAGCUAAGCCACUGGCCACACCAGCAAUCACUGCAACUCUGUUCUCAGCCAUGGGUUUGUAUGCGUAUGCGCUGGAUUCAUGCCAAGAGCUCACAAGAGAUGAAAUCCCUCGCGAGCAUUUUGCAUACAAUGCGGUGAUAUACAGUUAUGGUGCAUCAGGAGAGAUUGACAUGGCCCUCAAGGCAUACAUGAGAAUGCAGGAGAAAGGGUUGGAACCAGAUAUCGUCACGCAGGCCUACCUUGUAGGGGUUUACGGGAAAGCUGGAAUGGUGGAGGGUGUCAAGAGGGUACACAGCCGGAUUACGUUCGGGGAGCUUAAACCAAACCAGUCGUUGUUUAGAGCGGUGAGGGAUGCUUACGUGAGUGCAAACAGACAGGACUUGGCUGAUGUGGUAAAGAAAGAGAUGAGCAUUGCUUUUGAAGAGGAAGAUGAGUAUAUUUCGAGGUCUGGAGAAGAAGAAGGAGACGAGGAAUCAGGAGAAGACGAGGCAUUUUGA